UUACAGAGGCACCGAGUUAUCUGGCCCAGCCAUCAGCCUCUGACCUGCCUCAUCCUGCCCCCAUCUCUCUCCAAAAGACAAUUCUCCUAUAAAAGGGCUGAGUGGCUUAGCUCCUGUCACAGUGGGUGAGAAGAGCAGGGGGGGACCAUGGACUUUAUCAGCAUCCAGCAGUUGGUAAGUGGAGAAAGAGUUGAAAGGAAAGUGUUGGGAUGUGGAUGUGGACUUCCUGAUCCUGGAGGCUGGCCUUAUGACUGGAGGCCUGGAUCCCAAGAGGCCAGGGCCCAGGAAAGACUGAAGGAGGAAGACGAGAAGAAGAGGAGACUUGAAAGAUUUAACAGUUCCAGAUUUAACUUGGAUAAUCUGGCAGACUUGGAAAAUUUAGUUCAAAGACGAAGAGAAAAGCGACUGAAACUGAAAUGCAGAGUCCCCCCCAGGGCACCUGAGCCCGUGGUUAAGCCACAGCCUCAGGCCCAGCUGGAGCCUGUGGACCUGGAGAUGUUUCUGAAGGCAGCUGCUGAGAACCAGGAGACUCUGAUUGAGAAGUACUUGGCAGAUGGCAGGGACCCCAAUGCCCAUGAUAAGCUUCAUCGCACAGCCUUGCAUUGGGCCUGUCUGAAGGGUCACAGCCAGCUUGUGAACAAACUGUUGGAGGCAGGUGCCGCCGUGGACGCUCGGGACUUGCUAGACAGGACACCUGUGUUCUGGGCAUGCCGUGGAGGACACCUGGACAUCCUCAAACAGUUGCUUAACCAAGGAGCAGAGGUCAAUGCUCAAGACAAGAUCUCGAGCACCCCCCUGCAUGUGGCCGUGCACACAGGGCACUGUGACUGCUUGGAGCACCUCAUUGCAUGUGGAGCCCACAUUGAUGCACAGGAUAAGGAAGGGGACACGGCUCUCCAUGAGGCUGUGCGGCAUGGUCACUACAAGGCCAUGAAGGUGCUGCUGCUCUAUGGAGCCAAGCUGGGUGUGCAGAAUGUGGUUUCAGUGACCCCAGUGCAGCUGGCACGGGAUUGGCAGCGAGGCAUCCAGGAAGCGUUGAAGGCCCAUGCUGGGCACCCCCGGACCUGGUGCUAGUAAUGACAGCAGACCUGCAGGGUCACUUGCAGCCAUCAUUCCACGCCCUUUAAGUCUGUGAAACUCAAGCUUUUGUAGCCUUCUGUGAUUCUUACCUUAGUCCUGAUUCCUCAGACCUCCAGGGCAGCCCUGUGGGACUGACUGAGAAGUAGCAUCUGGCAAGGUAGAUUAAGUGGGCCUCAUUUAAGACUAGAUGUCUCAGGGGUGACCUCUUCCCUUCAGGGCACAAGCUAGGAAGGGCUGAGGUAAAGAACCACAGGUCAGAGGAAACUUACUGAGUCCAGAUGAGGGAUGGUUCAGGAAGAGUAAGAACCCAGGCUAGAGCAGGAAAUUAAUGGUCCUAAGCCUCAAGCUACCAGGGGCUUGGUGUGGGACUUCCUCUGUUUACUGACCCUCUUUGGGAGACCAAUUAUGAAGCUGUCCUCCCCAAGAGUCAGUCUUCUGAAAAGUGGCGAUACAGUGCAUGGGUGGCAGCUGUCAUCAGAUGCCAGGCAUUUGUGCAGCUGGCCAAUGUCCUUAGGUUUCUUCAGGUGCUCCAUUCCUAUCAGCAGCAACCCUGAUAGCAACUGGAGUGGCUCUAGACACAUUUGUUCUCAGGGCCUCUGGAGUUGGGUCUGUACGUCUUGGAGAGGGCCACUCAACAGGUUUGAGGCCCCACUGUGACUUAAGUCCAACUUGGUUGCCUCAGAGGCCCUAGGACCAAUUAGCUAGAGUUCCUAUUAUUUUAAAGCUUGUGCCCAUUACCAAAGGCUUUGGUCAUUUGCACUCUUAAUUGGCCGGCUGAUGGCUGUCCUCAUAGGGGUGACAUGUCAGGGUGCUGGGUUGCUUGUGGCCCACUCAAUUUUUGAGGAGGUGGCCCGUAACCCUACUUUGCCUCAGAAACAGGUGUUGCCCUGGCACUAUUACUCUUGUCUGCUUUGUCCCACCUCAGAAGCAGGACACAAGGAGCUCAGAGCCUUGCCCACAAGGGGAAGCACUGCCCAUUUCCCUUGUCUGAUCAUUGGCCAGAGAUUUAGGACCCAACUUUAACUCUCCUGAAGGUUCCUUCCUCUUUCCCUAUUGCAAGAGCUGUACGGAUGAAGACAUGUACUGGCAAGGCUGGGUCCUUACAUGCCAGAAAGUGAAUCUCAAGACUGCCCUUAAGUGAGCAUCAGAGAUGGAGGGAUGUGCUAAAUAUGAAGGGUUUGCCUCCCUGCCUCACCUGAGAUGCCAUUUCACAGCAGUUAUUUUCAGUCUGAUUUCAGUGACCCUUUGGGGCAAAGAAUAAGACCAUUCUUUCUAUGUGACAGAGCUUACCGGUGGCUCCACACCAGGGGCUACAAACCUUUCCUCCUGGGAAGCUCCUGUCCUGUGGUGAGAGACAGUGUCUCCCCAUAUUCUGAGGCCAUGGGAGAAACAGGUACUCAAGUUCACGGAGAAGCAAUUCCUCACCUAGGAAAUGGGACACCUAAGUAACACCUUAUACGUGCCAAUAUUUUUUGUUCAUUAAAACUGACUGAUUACCUAC